UUUGUCCGAUCGAGACGGAGGCGAGGAGCGCGAGUGGCGCCUCAGCGUGUUCACGGAUUCGCACGUGAUUUUCAGGAUUUUCACUUUUCAGUUUUGCGGGGUUUAAAUAAUUUUGUGCAUGGUGUUCUAGUGUGUUGAUAAUGCAAUGAUCUUUUUCGGUUGAUGUCGACUGGGGAUCGUUUUGUUGAGGAGAUGCGAUCCUGGGCGGCACCGUGAAUGUGGAGGUCAAGAAAUUGCUACUGUCACCUCGUGGUGACAGUGUUCGUAUUGUCCUUAACCCUAACCGUGAACUGUUCCGAGAUCACGAACUUCAUCGCCACAAACACCCUCCCAGAUGGCGAAGUGGAGACGAGGAUCUAUUAUGGGGGAGUCAGCGCCAAAGAGACCACCGCGAAAAAGGGGGGUUUAAAAUUCCGUCAGCUGACUGAUGGAAAACAUAUGAUCCAGCUGAUCUACAACGAUGACAAUUCGUUGGGUGACUGCGAAUUUGGUCAUCGGCAGGACCAAGUGAAUACGUUCCUAGUUAGUUUUAAGAGUGAUCUACGCAAUCUUAUAGCUACCUCAAACAUUACCAUCGAGUCUUUUGAUGGUAGAGCUUUGCCCGAAGAUGUCUCCGGGUGGUUCCACUAUGCCAAACUGCGGAAGGAAUGCAAGAGAAGACACAGGGAAAUCAAGAGGGUUAUCUUGAAGGCUGGGAAGGAAGAGAAGAAAGAGAUCGAGAAUAAAGAUCGAAGCAAGCGAGAUUUGGGCCUCUCGGAUAUAUUUCGGAUCCCGGGUACGAAAUGGUGCGGCAAGGGCUACUCGGCGGACAAAUACACGCGACUGGGUGGAUUCUCCAAGACGGACAAGUGCUGCAGGAGACACGACAUGAGAUGUCCCUUUUACAUUGAGGCUAUGCAAACGAAAUAUGGAUUGUACAAUUGGAGGUUCAACACUUUGAUGCACUGCGACUGCGACGAACUGUUUCGAUCUUGUUUGAAAACUGUCCGAAGCAGCGACGCAAAUCUGGUCGGGAACAUCUUCUUCAACGUGGUGCAGACCAAGUGUUUCGUCCUGAAGGCGAAGAAAAAGUGCGUGAGACGCUCCUGGUGGGGAAAAUGCGAGAAGUUCAAGUACCUCAAGCAGGCUGUACUUAGAGACAAUCUACGAUAUUAAACACUAAUAGGUAAAAUAGGUUAGGUUGUCCGGCCAUUUCUGUUUUUGAUUUUGUGAUACAACCGUUGUAUAUUUUCUUUACGUACUUUAGAAUAGUUGUACUAGAUGUUUGGUGAUUUUAAUUGAAAUGUGUUUGCUUGCAUUUGUAUAUAAUUGAAGUUAUUUAUCGAUAAAUAAGAGAUUAAUUAAUCAAAGCUAACCUAAUGAAAUUGGUUGGCGAUUUCUGUAAAUAUAUAUGGUAUAUUUUAAGUCCUUGGUAGAGGAAAUAUCCAUAGAGCCCAUCUACCAGAAGUUUAGUAAUAAUUAGAUUAAAUCUAUGUGCCAAAAUAAUUAAUUAAGCAAUAAUUUAAGAUGGCAGAUUAGUUAUAUUGUUGCUUAUAUGAAAAAAGUACACGCUGCCUCGUGUAUCUUCUUCAUUUGCCAUAAAAAAGCAUUUUAAUGUAAUUUUUAAUAGUUUUAGCUGUAAAUUUUAUUUCAUUUUAAUAAUUAACAACCAAUAAACACUCAUUUUAUGAAUAACUAAUACCUCCAGACAAUAUGUAAAACGACUGAGUGCAACAUAAGUCAAAUUUUUCGAUUAUUGUAUUUUACUUGUAUUAUGAGCAAUAAUUAAAAUAUACAAAUUUAUUUAUUAUUUUUUGUGUAUAUUAUACCUGCUAAAACAAAUAAAUAAUUGUUACAUAUCA